UCCCACAGUCUCACUGCCCCAAAUUUCUACUGCUCUUCUCCCACUCUCGCACACACGUUUCCGGCCUCUAUCUCUCAAACACCCCAACGGCGGUCACUUCUAUCUCCGGCGUCAGUCCCCUCUCUUUGCUGCUGUUAUUUGUUCUCUCUCCACCGUCGCUGCCACCUCUGAGCUCGUCGCCGAUCUGCUCUCUUCUGCUCUUCUGUGCCUCUCUCCGCCAUUGCUCUGUUUUUGCUUCAAAUCUGCUCUCGCCGCUGCUGCUCUGCUCUCUGCUUCCCCAGUCCCGUUGCUGCCUCUGAACUCUCUCGCCUUCGAAGCCGGUCCAUUCUUAACUGCAGCAGGGAGCAUCCUUAGAGUCUUAGCCUCUGCUAUUUCCCUUGCAAGCGUUGAUGCUGAUUCCAAACAAUGGCAAACUCACAAACCAAAGGGAACCGGAGCUUCAGUUUCUCUUUUAGAGUCUUAACCUCUGCUAUUUCCAUUGCUCUCUGCAUUUUUUUCACUUUCUCAUUUCUCUUCACCACUCACCACUACCACCACCGCCACAACAACAACAUCGGUUCUGAUAGUGUUGCACGUGGAUUUGGAUCUGUAACGAGAUCCAUUCUGGCCUUGAAAACAGAUCCAUUGAAGCCUCGGUUGGACCACAUCAAGAAGCAAGCCGAGGAUCACCGCACACUUGCAUUGAUGUAUGCAUCCUAUGCAAAGAAACUCAAGCUUGAGAGCUCCAAGGUUGUUAGAGUUUUUGCCGAACUCUCAAGGGACUUCUCGUAUCUAAUGAACAAACCUCGGUACACUUCCCUCUUCGGCUCUGAUGGGGUAAUCGAUGAAGCAGUGCUUCGCCAAUUGGAAAAGGAAGUAAAGGAGCGGAUUAAGACAGCUCGCCAAGUAAUUGGUGAAGCCAAAGAAUCAUUUGAUAAUCAGCUAAAGAUUCAGAAGUUGAAGGACACAAUUUUCGCUGUGAAUGAGCAGUUGACCAAGGCAAAGAAGCAAGGAGCUUUCUCCAGCUUGAUUGCAGCUAAGUCAAUCCCGAAGAGCUUGCACUGUAUCUCAAUGAGGUUGAUGGAGGAGAGGAUUGCACAUCCAGAGAAGUAUUUGGAUGAGGGGAAGCCUACUGCUCCAGAACUUGAAAAUCCUAAACUUUAUCACUAUGCCAUAUUCUCGGACAACGUCGUUGCAGCAUCUGUUGUGGUCAAUUCAGCCACAAAGAAUGCAAAGGAACCGUGGAAACAUGUGUUUCAUGUUGUGACUGAUAAGAUGAAUCUUGGAGCGAUGCAAGUGAUGUUUAAGUUGAAGGAUUAUAAUGGGGCACAUAUUGAGGUUAAGGCAGUUGAAGACUACACGUUCCUGAAUUCAUCGUACGUGCCGGUGCUUCGACAGCUGGAAUCUGCUAACCUGCAGAAAUUUUACUUUGAAAACAAGCUUGAGAACGCCACAAAGGACACUACAAAUAUGAAAUUCAGGAAUCCAAAGUAUUUGUCGAUACUAAACCACCUGAGAUUUUACUUGCCUGAGAUGUAUCCAAAGCUCCAUAGGAUUCUGUUUUUGGAUGAUGACAUAGUGGUUCAGAAGGACCUUACUGGGUUAUGGAAGAUUGAUAUGGAUGGCAAGGUGAAUGGAGCUGUAGAAACAUGUUUCGGAUCAUUCCAUAGAUAUGCACAGUACAUGAAUUUCUCACACCCCUUGAUAAAAGCAAAAUUCAACCCUAAGGCUUGCGCAUGGGCGUAUGGAAUGAAUUUCUUUGAUUUGGAUGCUUGGAGAAGGGAAAAGUGCACGGAAGAGUACCAUUAUUGGCAGAAUCUGAAUGAGAACAGGACAUUAUGGAAACUAGGGACAUUACCUCCAGGUCUUAUCACAUUCUACUCAACCACAAAGCCACUAGAGAAAUCAUGGCAUGUUCUUGGGCUUGGUUAUAACCCAAGCAUCAGCAUGGAAGAGAUCAACAAUGCGGCAGUGGUCCACUUCAAUGGUAACAUGAAACCAUGGCUUGACAUUGCUAUGAAUCAGUUUAAGCCACUUUGGACAAAGUUUGUUGACUUUGAGUUAGAGUUUGUUCAAUCCUGCAAUUUUGGUCUCUAAAAUUUGUUAUGAUGGCUCCUUCCACAAAAUUCUUAAUCUGCUAAUUAUCUAUUAUGAAUUAUAAAUGAUUAUUGUAUCUUACAGUUGGCCUUGAAAUGGUUUUCUCUAAGUGGGAAACA